AUGGAUGUGUGCAAAGAUCUUGAUGAUUAUACGCAGGUCAUUCAGAAAUAUAAGCGCGUCCUACAAGACGCUAGAAAGAGGCAGGGCCAACGUCCCCGCGAUCGCAAGGAGAAAGAUGUGAUGUUAUUCGAAUUUAUGAUGGCUUCGAUGGCCACUGCAACAAGGACUGGAAAUAAGGACAUGCGACAGAUGCAUUCGUCAUUCGUUCCGCCAUCAUAUCCGCCUUGCACGGCCCCUCUGGAGAGUCUGAAACCAAUCGCAAUCAAGGAUCUCAAGCUCGAGACACAUCAUCGCGGUAGGUAUCUCCUCUUGCGAGCCAUUACGCCGCCAAACCGUAUGACAGCAGUCCUUGUUCUGGUGGAAGAUGAAUACAGUGACGUCACGAUGCUGCAACUAUAUCAGCAAGAACACGAGGCUAGCCGUCCAGCUACAGAUCUGGUCGACAAGAGUUCGAUCCUCCUUGUCAAAGAGCCUUUCUUCAAAAUCACGGCCUCCGGAGACUACAGUCUGCGAGUAGAUCACCUUUCCGAUGUAGUCUUCCUCGACGGAGGAGAUUCCAAAGUACCACGGUCAUGGCGACCGAGACUGAUAGAGAUGGGAAGGUCCGCGAAUUCUUUGAAGCUGGAAGGAAAUUCAUUCAUAGGAAAAGGAGAGUAUUGGCGGGCCAUCAACAAGUACACGGGUGCCUUAGCGCGCUCAGCAACGCCGAAUGAGAUCGAAGUAAUCAAGCGGAACAGAUCGUUAGCUUACCUCAAAACCAAGCAGUACGACGCCGCGUUAUCUGACACCGGCUUUCCAGACUUUGGUGAACAAGCCUCAGAGAAAGCGUUGUUCCGCGCGGCGGAGGCUCUGUACCACCUCGGUCGGUAUGACGAUUGUUGUGAGGUACUCAAAAAUCUCUGCAACUUCUUUCCGAAUAGUGAUCAAGCAACUGCUGUGUUUGCCCGUGCUCAACGUCGUUGCGUUGAGACUAGCAGCGGGCAGUUCGACUUCAAGCUCCUCCAAGCCGAGGCAAAGAAGCAUCGUCCUCCCCAUUUGGAUCACGCUACGUAUGUCGGACCGGUAGAAGUUCAAAAAGUGAAAGGAAAGGGUCGUGGCUUACUUACAAUCAAGCCCGUGAAGGCCGGGGAUUUGAUAUUGUGUGAGAAAGCUUUCAGUCAUGCUCACAUCGACGAUGAGCAGAAAAGCAACGCAAGUAUCACUCUUUUGAUGAACGUCGAGACAGACAAAGGCUUCAUGGGUGGCCAAGCUGAUCUCAUUCGACUGAUCACGCAGAAACUGUACAAAAACCCUUCGAUGAUUCCUCUUUUCACUGACCUUCAUCAUGGCGAUUACAAAGCGGUCGAUACGAGGUCUGUUGAUGGGCAACCGGUAAUAGACACCUUCCUCGUCGAACGAACAAUGGCUCUCAACGUCUUUGGCUGCCCUGUCACGACAUUGCAAAGUCACAAAGACGUCACAUCCAACAAAUUUUCGAAGAAAGAUGCCAACUUCCAUUCAUGCGGCAUCUGGAUCAAAGCUUCCUACAUCAACCAUAGCUGCCUCGGCAACGUCCGUCGAUCCUUCAUCGGAGACAUGAUGAUAGUACGCGCAGCCAAAGAUCUUGACGCUGACACAGAACUGACGUUCCCAUACGAGGCUCCAGAGGGUAUCUAUACCUCGAAGGUGGAGCAAAAGCUCAGGAACUGGGGAUUCGUUUGCAGGUGCGCGCUCUGCGAAGACAUCAAAACCACCAGACCGUCAGAAGUCACGAAGAGGAAGAGCUUGUGGGACCAGUUGGAUCGGCUAUGCAAGUCGAAUGCACAUAAUAUUGCCACGAAGUUUGAACGCCUACUCAAAGCGCUGAACGAGACCUACAUGCGUCCGGCGGAAGAAGUGCCUCGACUUCUGCUGUGGGACCCGCAACUGCUGUUGACACGCAUCUACAUGAAACAGCCUGAUCUCACUAAAGGCGUGGGUUCCGUUGGCAAGACUCUUUCGAUUCUAGGUUUCGUCGUUACUGGGCUGGAUCGCACUCCUGCAGCUUUGGUGGUCACGAAAUGGGGACACAUAAUGGACCAUCUGGUCGAAGUUUUCUUACAUGCGCGAUCGGCGUUCGAGCAGUUGGAUUUAUGGGAGAAGUCGAAACAGGCGGAUCAAUAUGCAAGAGUUGCGUACCGGGUACUGAUUGGGGAAGAUGAGUCUUUCGAUCGGACGUAUCCCAGGACUUCCUAG